GGCCCCGCCCCUCCCGUCCGAGGCUGCGGGAGAGGCCCGGCCGGAGUUUGUGGAGGGCAGAGCCGGCGCGCGCGGGCAGGCGGCGGCGCAGAUGAAACUGAGACCUCGUCAAGUGAGGUGACUUGCCUACGGCUACACAGCUGGGUCACUCUGGCUACUGUGUCGACAAAAGACUGUGGGGGGCAAGGGUAGACCCUGGAAAACCUGGAGGAGGCAGCUGCACUAGUCUGAUCUCCCGGGCGUGCCCCCUCCUCCCGCUGCUCAUGCCACUGGGACUGGGCCGGCGGAAAAAGGCGCCACCUCUGGUGGAAAAUGAAGAAGCCGAGCCGGGCCGCGGUGGGCUGGGUGUGGACGAGCCGGGGCCCCUGGGAGGGGGUGUGGUAGGGGGCCCCCACAUGGGCUUGCCUCCCCCUCCCCCGGCCCUGCGCCCCCGCCUCGUGUUCCACACCCAGCUGGCCCACGGCAGCCCCACCGGCCGCAUCGAGGGCUUUACCAACGUCAAGGAGCUGUACGGCAAGAUCGCCGAGGCCUUCCGGCUGCCGGCUGCCGAGGUGAUGUUCUGCACCCUCAACACCCACAAGGUGGACAUGGACAAGCUCCUGGGGGGCCAGAUCGGGCUGGAGGACUUCAUCUUCGCCCACGUCAAGGGGCAGCGGAAGGAGGUGGAGGUGUUCAAGUCGGAGGAGGCGCUGGGGCUCACCAUCACAGACAAUGGGGCCGGCUACGCCUUCAUCAAGCGCAUCAAGGAGGGAAGCGUCAUUGACCACAUCCAACUCAUCAGCGUGGGCGACAUGAUCGAGGCCAUCAAUGGGCAGAGCCUGCUGGGCUGCCGGCACUACGAGGUGGCCCGGCUGCUCAAGGAGCUGCCCCGAGGGCGCACCUUCACCCUGAAGCUCACGGAGCCCCGCAAAGCUUUCGACAUGAUCAGCAUGCGUUCAGGGGGUGGCCGUCCCGGCUCCGGCCCCCAGCUGGGCACUGGCAGAGGGACUCUGCGUCUCCGGUCCCGGGGCCCUGCCACUGUGGAGGACCUGCCCUCGGCCUUUGAGGAGAAGGCGAUCGAGAAAGUCGAUGACCUGCUGGAGAGUUACAUGGGCAUCAGGGACACGGAGCUGGCGGCCACCAUGGUAGAGCUUGGGAAGGACAAGAGGAACCCGGACGAGCUGGCCGAGGCCCUGGACGAGCGGCUCGGCGACUUCGCCUUUCCCGACGAGUUCGUCUUCGACGUCUGGGGCGCCAUCGGGGACGCCAAGGUCGGCCGGUACUAGGCCUCCCACCGGACCUUGCGAUGACCUGAGGGGGCCUGGUGGGAGCCCCUGGGGUGGGGACACGGCCGCCAGGCCCCGCACCCGGCUCGGCCUGGCCCUGGCCCUGGCCCAGCAGUCCCAGGAUGUGGCGUGGAGGUGGGGCCGAGCCUCUGCCCCGCCGAUCGGUACCGCUCCUCCCUCGUUCCCAGCCCCCCCCCCCCUCCCUGUUCCCCACCUACCUCAGCCAGAUCAGGCUCUGAGAGGGACCAGCCCCAUUGGGCAGCCAGACCCCGCCCGCAACACGUUCCACAUCAGCGGCCAAGCUGGUCCCCCGUCUCCCUGCGGCCUCGGGUUCUGUUCGGGGGGUCCUGACCUCCCUGGUUUCCUGGCAGGGAAUUCAAAAGGGGGAGCGUCCCCCCGCCUCAGCAAAUGCAAUAAUCCCCCUCCCGCCAUUCCUGCAGAGCUCCCUGCCUCUGCCUUUGAAACACGUCUUCUGCUGUGAACUCCCCCUCCCGCCCCACUCCGGCUCCCUCCGCCCGGGACAGACGGCGGUGGGCUCUCGUGUCUGACUUUGCUGUCGCACAUAAAGACUCUGCUGUUGGACCUGU